AUGGCUCGAUUCUCGUCUCUUCUCUAUUUUUCGAUAACAGUUUUGAUCUUUCUCCAUGGCUCUACAGCUCAACAGUUUCCAAACGAGUGCCAACUAGACCAGCUCAAUGCACUGGAGCCGUCACACGUACUUAAGGCCGAGGCUGGUCGAAUCGAGGUGUGGGACCACCACGCUCCUCAGCUACGCUGCUCUGGUGUCUCUUUCGUACGUUACAUAAUCGAGUCUCAGGGUCUAUACUUGCCCUCUUUCUUAAAUACCGCGAAGCUCUCUUUCGUUGCUAAUGGACAAGGCCUAAUGGGGAGAGUGGUCCGUGGAUGCGCUGAGACUUUCCAGGACUCAUCAGUAUUCCAACCAGGCAGUGGCAGCCCCUUCGGAGAAGGUCAAGGCCAAGGUCAAGGUUUCCGUGAUAUGCACCAGAAAGUAGAGCACAUAAGGAGCGGCGACACCAUUGCUACACAUCCCGGUGUAGCUCAAUGGUUCUACAACAAUAGAAACCAAACUCUUGUCAUCGUUGCCGUCAUGGAUUUAGCUAGCCACCAGAACCAGCUUGACCGCAACCCAAGGAAUGCAAUGGUUCUUCCACAGUGGAAUGCAAACGCAAACGCGGUUCUCUACGUGACAGACGGGGAAGCCCAAAUACAGGUGGUUAACGACAACGGUGACAGAGUGUUCGAUGGACAAGUCUCUCAAGGGCAGCUACUUUCCAUUCCACAAGGAUUCUCCGUUGUGAAACGCGCAACAAGCGAUCAGUUCAGGUGGAUAGAAUUCAAGACAAACGCAAACGCGCAGAUCAACACUCUUGCUGGACGUACCUCAGUAAUGAGAGGUUUACCAUUAGAGGUUAUAGCCAAUGGGUACCAAAUCUCACUUGAAGAAGCAAGAAGGGUUAAGUUCAACACAAUAGAGACCACUUUGACCCACAGUAGUGGCCCAGCGAGUUACGGAAGGCCAAGGAAGGCUGAUGCUUGA